GCAAAGUGAUUAAUUUGGCGAGCCGGGACGGGGCUUCCUGGUGCUGCGCUCGCCUCCCGAGCAAAAACGGAGCCGGACUCCCUGGCAAACUCCUGCUGUCUCUUCCCGGAGAGGUCCACACGCCCCCCACCCCACCCCAGGGGCUGCCCAGGCUGCAAG